AUGCGAGGUAAAGUAAAUCGAGACACUUUACAGCUUAAUCCAGAAAUAGAGAAAACUGCAAAGAAGAAUCGAAAGCUAGCCAAGCAAAGAAGGCAGGAAGAAUCCUCGAGUUCAGAACCAAAAGCAGAACCCGAGAUGGCCGCAAAUAAUCAACCACCUCCUGCGGAGGAAUUGACGGAGUCAAUCUUGGCUCCCAUGUUUACACGGCCGAAUUCAAGCAUCAUCAGACCACCAGUCAACGCCAAUAAUUUUGACAUUCAGCCAGCACUGAUAAACUUGGUUGAGAAAAAUUCAUUUGGCGGAGAAGAUUAUGAAGACCCCCAUGAUUUCAUGGACAGAUUUAUGAGAAUCUGUGAUACAACCAAUCAUAAUGGGGUGUCCGACGAUGCAAUUAGACUCAGAUUAUUCCCUUUUGCUAUAACAGGGAAAGAUCUGAGAUGGUUGGAUAGGCAAGCUCCCAACAGCAUCACAACGUGGGAUGAUUUGGCUGCUAAAUUCUUUGCAGAGCAUUUCUUCAGGGAGAAAUACAACAAGUUGGUGAAUGAAAUCACCAACUUCACUCAACAUCCGGGAGAAACUUUAUGUGCAGCUUGGACCAGGUUCCAAGAAUUGAUCAGGAAGUGUCCCCAGUACGACUUGCCGGAUGGAAAGAAGGCCAGAGUUUUCUAUAAUGGAAUGACGCCAGAAUCCAGGAUGGUGGUCAAUGGUGCAGCUGGAGGAACCAUAGCAAGGAAGACAACAGCUGAAACUUUAGAGUUAAUCGACAACAUGGCAAGAGCUGAUAAUGCUUCAAUGGAAGUUCAACUAGUUCAACCGAAGAAAGGACUUCUACAACUGGGGAGCAAUAAUGCUUCAUUAGCGGAGCAAAAGGUGAUUUUACAACAGUUGGCUAGUAUGAAUGCCAAGCUCGACAAGAUGCAGAUCUCAACAUCCAAAGUUAAUGCAUUUAACUGUGAGUACUGCACGGAGCCACAUGAGACUAAUGAGUGCCCUACAUUCAAUGGAGCUGAACCAUUCCAAGUCAAUGGAGUGUGGUAUGAUCCAAGGCCACCACAAGAUACCCAAAAGCCAUCCGAAUUGGAGAAAGCGAUGAUACAACUGGCCAAAACUACUAAUGAUCACAUAAUUGAGACAAGAGCCUACCAAAAGAACCAGGAUGCUUCCAUCCGAAACCUGGAGAGUCAAAUAGGCCAGUUGUCUAGGCAGUUGGCUGAGAGAAGUCAAGGAAUAAUCCCUAGUGAUACCAUUGUGAAUCCAAGGGAGCACUGCAAUGCCAUCACUGCUAAAAGUGAGAAGCUAGAAAAAGAGAAAGUUGAAGUUUCUACAGACAAGAAUGAGCACAUCUAA